CGCGCAAGGAUGGGUUCCGAUAAUGAGCCACGAACCGCCCACAAUCCUGAAUUUUAAAUACAGUGCCAUUAAUCAUAAAAUUAUAAAUUGUUUACAAUUUAUAAACUAAUUUUAUUGCAACAAAAUACUUAAAUAAUAAUUGUUACACAAAUACUUAUCACUCUUAAAUAUUUAAACAAUCAGACGUGAAUGUCAUCAACAAUUGUGGUAAUUAAAAUAUUUUUCAUUCGUUAGUGAUUAAACUAUGAACUAUUAAUCGUCAUUCAUUAUAUUAUAAAAUUAUAUUGACCGUCAAGUGUAAAUGUCUAUAGAUAUUUAAGUUAAAGGAUUUAUGUAUCUUCAUAUAUAUACAGUUAUUCGUAAAUUAAUCUAGAUAUCUAUGAUAAAUCUACGACACAAAGUUGAAUUUAACGAGUGGUGCUGGGCGGACGGGUGAAAAAAUAUUAGCAAGUGGACUUGCGUAGAUUUUCGUCAGACAAGGGUAGGAAACUCGCAUGGCAAACGUCAGUCUAGCUGGAUAAUAACGAUUAAACAAACUCAGCAAUAAUGUCAGUGCUACUGGAAGCAAGGCCUUACAGGCCAUUCAAAUCCUCCGAAGAAUACUUGAUCGCAAUGAAGGAGGAUCUUGCCGAGUGGCUGAACGCUUUGUACCCAGAAUUAAGGAUAAACUUGGAUAAUUUUAUGGACAGGCUUGACACAGGGGUACCUCUUUGCAAGCACGCGAACAAUGUGCGAAAAGCAGCCUCCGACUACAUAGUACGUCGUCAAGCCCGAAAGCAGAUGACACGUUCGAUAACUUCAUCUCUAGCUGUGCCUAUGUGCCAGUUGAGUGACGUGGCCUUCCUACCAAACGCCAAGGCUGGUACUUUCUUCGCCCGUGACAACGUGUCAAAUUUUAUAAGUUGGUGUCGUAAUAGUCUUGGUAUCAUUGAUUGUCUACUUUUUGAGAGCGACGACCUCAUAAUGCGAAAAAAUGAAAGACACGUGAUACUUUGUUUACUCGAGGUCGCGAGACGCGGCGCUAAGUUCGGUAUGCUUGCCCCCAUGCUUGUACAAAUGGAACGGCAAAUAGACCGUGAGAUAGCCGCUGAAAAUAAAGCAUCUAAUGGCACCGGAAAUGAUGAGAGUGAUGAUGAAUACGGUGAAAUGCAACAAGAAGAGCCAUAUUUAAUUUACGGACCACAACCACAAAUUGUUACCAACGAUCUCAAAAGUCUCGAUGAAAUGGUUCGUGAUUUAGUGGAAAAAUGCACCUGUCCGACCCAGUUUCCGAUGAUUCGCGUAUCCGAAGGCAAAUACAGAAUUGGUGACACUAAAGUCCUCAUUUUUGUGAGAAUUUUAAGGAGCCACGUUAUGGUACGAGUGGGCGGUGGUUGGGACACUCUCAGUCAUUAUCUCGAUAAACACGAUCCAUGUCGUUGUCGUACUUCACAUCGAUCAAUGAUUUCUGCAAAACUUAUUCAAAAAGCCAGUGGGUCCUUCGACCUUGGUAGUGCGCAGGUGCAUUACGAAAGAUCACCUCCAAGAACACGCAGGAGUUCGGCUUCAAGUGUGGGUUCAUGCGGUAGCACAGUACAGCAACAGCAGCAACCCCACUCUCUGCAAACACCACGAAGCGUAUCGACAAAUCGAUCUCGCUCGCCGACGCCGCAUCACACAACCCGACAGCAUCUCGGCGAAGAUCUGACACGCGCAAGCAACCGAUCAAUGAGUCCUACCCCUCAGACCAAAGGGAGUCCAGUGCACCAUGCAGCUAAUGACCUUGAGAGGAAACAGCGGUCAAGGUCCCCGACGCCCAAAUCAGAUGGAGCUAAAUCCGGUCGUACAAGUCCUCUUGAUGCCACCAGAAAGGCAUUGAAUGAAGAAAUACGACAGGUCAAGUACGACAACAGAUCACAAAUGUAUCACACCCGUCAUCAGGAUAACUAUCAGGAUCCUAAGAAAGAUCUCCAUCAAGAAAUACGAGCUAAAGUUCCACUCUCAGAGGAAUUUUCAAAACGUUAUGUCGUUGAGGGCGGAGUAGCACGACGUGCUUUUGACAAAGAAGACACACCAAAGUAUGAACCGGCGAUUUAUAAUUACAAGUGCGGUCAAGAUUCAAGUAAUAGUCGCAGUCCUACGCCCAGUCCACCGGCAAUAAAAGAAGAAACAAUCGAUUCAUUUGGAAAGGAUGUGUGCCAUUAUACUAAGUCCGGUCAUGAUGGUGAGCACUCGGAUAACGGGAGUGAAGUGUCUGAUGAGGGUUAUAGGAGCUUAGGUGCUGUUCAGCCAUCAGCACCUAUUUCCAACGGUACUAACACCACCACCACCAUCAUUGCUGGUAUCACCAACAGCCAAGGCUCGCCCACGGUUGUCGACUGUCCAAAACAACCGUUUACUAAAUUGGAGAAAGAACGUUCUUGUGUCGACACGGAAAGUAUAGAAACAGGUUUGAGAAAAACAAAAGUAUCUCCAGCAAGUCCACUGCGUAAUUCACCAUCACGAAGUGUCACUAGUUCGUCAGGAGAACGGACACCUCGUGCAAAUUCAAUGGUUCGUGAAAAUAGUAAUCUAUCCAGAUGUUCUUCAGGUAGUAGAACACCACGAGAAGGUAAUUCAAGUCCCGAAGGCAGUCCCCUAAAACGUAAUGCCGUGAGAAAUAGUAUUAAAAAAUUACCACCAGCUGUAACCAUCAGUAAAGCAUCAGCAUUACCACGAGCUCAUCAAAAUCACUUGACAGCUGGUAGUAACACUUGGAAUGGAAGACAAUCAAAACAAAGAGUUGGAUUGUCAUCUGAUACUUUUGUCAGUCCGUCCUCAUCGCCUCUUCACAAUACAAAUAAUAGUGGAAAUGGUAAUCGUGCAUCACCAACUAAUUUUUCACGUAAAAAUUCAACAAGGCAGAGUCUUCCCAAAUCGUCAUUAAUGAACGGUGUUCAGUAUGACAGAAAUGGAAGACGAAUAAAACCACCAUCAUCAAGUGUUUCUCUCCAAUCAUCACCGACCAAAGCUGCUAAUCCACUACUAGAACAAAUUUUACAAAAAGUUGGCCAUCUACAAGAUGACAAACAAGUUGUACAAAAACUUCAAGAUUUUUUGAGAGAUUAUCAAAGUCAUACUGGCGAUGGUGAACCGAAUCUUGAAUUCACGCGGGCGUGGAUUGAUGGAAACGGUACGGUAGCACUGCCUCAAGAAGUUCCAGUUGUUACCAGUCCUAGAAAAGAUCCUAAAGCUACUAAUGAACGUGGUAAUUUUUCGAGAAUUCCCGCUCCCGUAUACAAACGAGCAAUGUCUGUCGCAUCUGACAGUAUAUGAAACGGUAAGAAUUUAAAAUAUAGUAAUAAGUUAUAAUAAUAAAUAAUUCACUACGCAAAAGUAGUUCCGCAGUUGGACCUAAUGACAUUUUUCAGUAAAUAAAAAUAAAUUUAUUCUAAAAACUAACUUUAGAAUUUAUUUAUACGAUAUUUAUAAAUCGAUUGAUAAUAAUAAUAUUUAUCAUUAUAUAAAUUUAUUUAGAAAAGAUUUAACUCUUUGUCAGUCGCAUUAUGGUGUUCCGUCACCAUUUUUUUAUUGCAACGUCGUCAGAUUUAAAUUAACUAUCACUUUCAACGACAGCUAAAAAUCCGCGAUAUGGCAACGUCGCAUACUAAAUUUAUCAGCUGAUUUAAAUUACGUCGACGAAAUGUCACUACACUAUUUAAUUUUUCCAAAACGUAUUUACUAUAAUUCUUUAAAUAUUUACAAUAAAAAAGUAUUUUAAAAAAUGUGUUAUUCAGUCAAUGCUAUAAAGAUUACAGUUAAUUGGCGAAAUAAAAAAAAAAACUAAGACGUAUUUUUGAAAAAUAAAUAUUUAGAUAAAAAUGCGGCGCUCUGCUCAUUGGGCGACGGACGAAGAGUUUCUUUUUCGUUAACAAAAAAAAAUUAUUUAAUAAUUUUAUGUUCGAAGUAUAAUGAUAAACAUUUAAUAACCCGACAUUAUUUGAGUAUACUAAACAUAUAUAUUUAUAUAUAUAUGUUUUAAUUUUAAUAUUAAUCGAUUUAAAAAUAUUUGAAUGAAAGUUUAUAAUAAUAACUUUUAAAAAAUAAAUAAAUCUCUGUAAAAUAUUAUUUAAAGUUGAAUACUAAAUAAAACUGACGUAAAUCCGUUGUUAACAACGGGGCUUAAUAAGAGCGAUUAUCAACAGUAAUUUGUGACAACAGUAGCUUUGAAGUGAGAUAAUAAAAUAUUAAAUCAAAAAAUAAUAAUAAUAAUAAUUUAAAAUAAAUAAGUAAAUAAAUAAAGCAUAAGAUGACAAUAGAGAUAUGAUAAAAAGUAGAAGCAUAUCCAAGUAUUGUUACGGAAGUAGCUAGGGAUGUUGUGUUUUUUUUCUUUUAACAAAAAAUGAUUUUUUUUUAAAUUAAUCUUCUUGCUGUUAUUUUUUUUUGCGGCCAGUUCCGGAAAAUUAAUUAUAGAAUGACAUAGAGAGGAAGAUUAUGUCGGCUUGUAGAAGCCUCUAAAGAAAACUUGACGUCCUUGAGCUUUUUUUUUCAUUACAACAUAAUUAUUAUUAUUAUUGUCAUUAUUAUUUCAAACUCGGCGCAGCAGCGAGUUACAUACCUCGGUGAUACCUGGAGAACUUGACAAAGCUCUCAGGAUGGUGCUUAAAUACGAUUGAAUAGAUGUAAAUGAUUAAUUACUUUAAGUUAUAGAUUUGUCGCUUAUCACUUUAAUGAUAUUUCAUAUACAUAUAUAUAUAUAUAUAUUUAAAUAAUUAGUAAAAGUUAUCAAAUAAACAAUAUUCGAGCUAAAAUAAUUUUUAGACAUUGAGUGUCUUAUGUUGUUGAUGACUCUGGUGGAUUGGAAUUACGGUAAUUUACCGUAUUUUACUAUAAUUUACCGUAGAAUACGAUGUUGCGACGACAACUUUGCCGCAAUUUGCGGUAAAUUACAGUAAUAUAUGGUAAUUUACGGUAUUUUGCAGCGAAUUACGAUCAAAUACGGCAAUUUACGGGUUUUAUACUGUAAGCACUGUCUGCUUUUUUUUUUAUUUUUACAGUGCAAUACUUCACUUUACGGUAUAAUACCGCAGGCUUGCCUCAAUUUUACGGUAAAUUGCCGUUUUCUUACUACACUUUACGGUAAAAAUACCGUACAUUUGCCAUAAAAUACCGCAAAACACCGCAUUUCACCGUAAGUUACGGUAUUUUACUUUAAUUCUUCUGAAUGCCGUAAAUUAUCGUAAUUUACCGUAAUUCGGAUCUACCAGGCGAAUUUUUUUUUACUACCUAAAUAUAUUUUUAAAAAAUUGACACACAAAUUUAGAGAAUAAUUUUCAAUAAUCAACAAAUGAUCACUUGGUUUAAAAGUUUUAUAAUUUUUUUAAAUUAGCGUCAAAUUGUUUUUAUCGAAAUUAUUUAUUUAUAUAGUCUAUUGGUUAUAUUUAUUAAAAUAAAUUUAUUUGCAUGUUAAUUAGACUUCGCUUUAUUAAUAAAAAAAAAAAAAAAAAACUGAAAUAAAGUGAAGCAGUAAUAAAUAAAUUUUAGAAAAUAAAAUUGUGUAGAAAAAAUGUAUAAUUAUUUAAAAAUAUCCCUAACAGACUGCAUUAGAUAGCGUAUCAGAAUAAAUGUCAUUCCAAUAUUUAAAAUUUUUUUAUACGAAAAUUGUGUAGAAGCCUUUUUUACAUACCAAGUGUCUUAAUAUGUAGUUUAAAAUUCAAUAAUAAAUUUAAAUGGAAAAUUAUUAGAUAAUUUUUGACCGAAAGCCCGAUUUUGGUGCAUUUGAGCUUAAUUUUAUAACGUAGUAUUUAAAAACAAAAAACAAUUUUUGAAUAAAAAAUAUAGAUAAAAUUUUAAAUAAAAAUGGGUCGUACAAAAAAUUCUUAAUAGAUUAUACGCGUGAUCACGAUAAAAAUACCGAAACUAUUUUUUAGCAUUAUACAUAGAUAACUUUAGAAUAAAUAAAAUAAAAAUUUUAAUAGAGCAAAAAUAAGUAUAUUUAUAAAUAAAUCCGGCCCGAAUUCAAAACAUUUAUUAUUACAAUUAUUUAUUAUCAUUAUUAUUAUUAUUUUUUUUUUUUUUUUACUUAAUAUAUUCUAGUUCAUGUGAAUUUAUAAAUGAAGUUUUCUAUUUGCAUCACAUACUCACACAACCACACAUAAUAUUGUUAUGUAAGUAAACUCGCAACUUUAUAUUAUCGUCUAAAAAAAAAAUUUUCCGAGGUUUCAGCAGCAAAUUAAUUAUGUACGUGAUUCAACAGCAACGAUUACACUUUAAAAUAAAUUAUUAUCGUAUAACAACAAAGUGUAUAGUAUAUACCGCGUAUAUAAUAAUAAAAUAUACGCCCACGUAUGCACUUAUGCCUAUGCUUAAUAAACCCCAUUCGUCGUAUUUGAUGGCAUUAUCAUGAUAUCUGACUAAAUAUUUUACUCUCUCAACUGUUAUCAUUAUUAUUAUAAUUAUUAUUAUUAAUAAUAAUAAUAUUAUUAUCACUAUAUGUAUAUAAUAUCAGUUACCAUGAUAUAUUUUGCUGUCAAAUAUUAUUUACGUAAUUAUGUAAUUGUAAUAAUUAUUGUUAUUGUCAUUAUCACUACCUGUUCUUUCUUCAUUUGAAAUAAAUUUAACAACGAUUAUUUGCCGAUUAAAAUAAUCGUUAAUUUACU